AAAUAAAAAUAUCCAUUUCGGUCAUCUCCCUAUCUUUGUAGCAGGCUCACAGCCGCACAAGCAAGUUCGCCCCGUCUUUGAUCACAAUUGCCAUUGUUGGACUCUUUUCACACUCUAUACCAUUUUCUUUCUCUUCUUCUCUCGUCUCACUCGCUACCGCAAUCGUUGCAAGCUACCUUUUACCUUAAUGUUUCCAUCUCGAGGUUUAUCGUCACGAUGAAAACGCCAAACCAGAGGAAUUACAUAUCUCAGGAGAUCAUGGAGGCUUGGACCUCCAACUUUUCUCUGAAUUCUAUUGGAACCCAGCCCCUAACUGGCCCAAAAAUGCUAUUACGAAGGAUUUGAGGUAAUGUAAGUUUAAUUUACUUGGUUAGCUUUGUGAAGAGUGAUAAUCAUCAUACAACAAUCAUCCACUGGCAAAGUCAAUUCGCCAAACGGAACGUAUUCAUUCAUGUUGUUGAUUAAAAUGUUCUGAUAUCACUUGUAAUCGUUACAUCUUUGAGUAUGUUCGGCACUUGUUGCAAUGGUGCUUUUAGUGAAUGUCAGAUAUAUGUUUCGAGCUAUAAUGGAUUGUUUAGAGGAUUGAUAUGGGAAAGUUUGGGGGAUUUUCAAACUGCGACUUUGUCUAUGGCGAAUUGGAAGAAGCACAGGAAGAAGCGGAAGGAUUUUUGCCGGCUUGCGUUGCAAAAUCCGGAGCAAGUGAUGGUGGUAAAAGGAAAGACGAAAAUUCCAGUGUCCGAAGAUGAAAUUCUUCGGGUUUUGAAAUCGAUGAAGGGUCCUAUAUGUGCUCUUUCUUACUUUUACUCCAUAUCUGAGUUUCCUAAUGUUUUGCAUACCACUGAGACGUGCAAUUUCAUGCUUGAAUUUUUAAGAGUGCAUGACAAGGUGGAGGAUAUGGCUGCUAUUUUUGAAUUGAUGCAGAAGAAAAUUAUUAGGAGAGAUUUGAACACUUAUUUGACUAUCUUUAAAGCUCUUUCCAUCAGAGGUGGGCUUCGGCAGGUGACAAUUGCGCUAAAGAAGAUGAGAAGAGCUGGAUAUAUCUUGAAUGCAUAUUCAUACAAUGGAUUGAUCCAUUUGUUGAUUCAAUCAGGAUUCUGUGGCGAGGCCUUGGAAGUUUAUAGAAGAAUGAUUUCAGAAGGGCUUAAGCCUAGCCUGAAAACAUAUUCAGCACUUAUGGUUGCGUUGGGAAAGAAGAGGGACUCAGAAACGGUAAUGGUUCUGUUGAAAGAGAUGGAAAGUUUGGGAUUGAGGCCAAAUGUUUACACAUUCACAAUAUGCAUAAGAGUACUAGGGAGGGCUGGGAAAAUUGAUGAGGCAUAUGAAAUAUUUAGAAGAAUGGAUGAUGAAGGUUGUGGACCUGACCUUGUUACUUAUACAGUCCUCAUUGACGCUCUUUGUAAUGCAGGACGGUUGGAAAAUGCCAAGGAAUUAUUUGUAAAGAUGAAAGCUAAUGGUCACAAACCUGAUCAAGUAAUCUACAUUACUCUGUUGGACAAGUUCAAUGAUUUUGGAGACUUGGACACCGUUAAAGAAUUCUGGAGUCAGAUGGAAGCAGAUGGGUAUAUGCCUGAUGUAGUUACCUUCACUAUUCUUGUUGAUGCGUUAUGCAAAGCCGGAGACUUCGAUGAGGCAUUUGCUACAUUUGAUGUCAUGAGAAAGCAAGGUAUCUUGCCAAAUCUUCAUACUUAUAACACACUUAUUUGUGGGCUUUUGAAGGCGGGUAGAAUUGAUGAUGCACUAAAGCUUUUAGAUACCAUGGAAUCCCUAGGUGUUCAACCUACUGCUUAUACAUACAUUAUUUUUAUUGACUAUUUUGGAAAGUCCGGAGAUACUGGCAAAGCUGUUGAGACCUUUGAGAAGAUGAAAGCUAGAGGAAUUGUUCCAAAUAUUGUAGCAUGCAAUGCAUCGUUGUAUAGCCUUGCUGAAAUGGGGAGGCUGAGAGAAGCAAAAAACAUGUUCAAUGGGCUCAGAGAGAUUGGUCUUUCUCCAGAUUCGGUGACCUAUAACAUGAUGAUGAAGUGCUAUAGCAAAGUAGGACAAGUAGAUGAGGCAGUGAAUUUACUCUCUGAAAUGAUAAGAAAUGGAUGUGAACCUGAUGUGAUUGUGGUUAACUCUUUGAUUGAUUCACUUUACAAGGCUGGACGAGUUGAUGAAGCAUGGCAAAUGUUUGACAGAAUGAAGGACAUGAAGCUUUCUCCAACAGUUGUGACCUAUAAUACGUUACUCUCUGGAUUAGGGAAAGAGGGUCGAGUCCAGAAAGCCGUUGAAUUAUUUGAAAGUAUGAUUAAGCAAAGUUGUUCUCCAAACACAAUAUCUUUUAACACGCUCCUGGAUUGCUUUUGCAAAAAUGAUGAGGUUGAAUUGGCUUUGAAAAUGUUUUCUAAAAUGACAGUAACGGACUGUAAACCUGAUGUCUUGACCUACAACACCGUUAUUUAUGGCCUGAUCAAAGAAAACAAAGUAAAUUAUGCAUUCUGGUUCUUCCACCAGUUGAAGAAGUCAAUGUACCCUGAUCAUGUCACAAUAUGUACCCUCCUUCCUGGCAUUGUGAAGUGUGGGCGGAUAGUGGAUGCUAUAAAGAUUGCAAAGGAUUUUAUGUACCAGGUCCAGUUUCGUGUAAAUAGAUCUUUCUGGGAAGAUUUAAUGGGAGGUACUUUAGUUGAAGCUGAGAUGGACAAGGCUAUUAUAUUUGCUGAAGAAUUGGUAUUGAAUGGGAUUUGCAGGGAAGACUCGUUCUUAAUACCUCUAGUUAGAGUUUUGUGUAAGCAUAAGAGAGCACUUUAUGCUUAUCAAAUAUUUGAGAAAUUUACAAAGAGUCUGGGAAUCAAUCCAACGCUGGCUUCAUAUAAUUGUUUGAUAGGUGAGCUUCUUGAAGUCCAUUACACCGAAAAGGCCUGGGAUCUUUUUCAGGAUAUGAAGAAUGUCGGCUGUGCUCCCGAUGCUUUUACUUACAACAUGUUACUCGCGGUUCAUGGAAAGUCUGGAGAGGUCACUGAACUCUUUGAACUGUACAAGGAAAUGAUUUCAAGGAGAUGCAAGCCAGACGCCAUAACUUACAACAUUGUCAUCUCCAGUCUUGCAAAAUCUAAUAACUUGGAUAAGGCUUUAGAUUUUUACUAUGAUCUUGUUAGUAGUGAUUUCCGCCCCACUCCUCGUACUUAUGGCCCUCUGAUAGACGGACUAGCAAAAGUGGGGCGCUUGGAGGAAGCGAUGUGGCUCUUUGAAGAGAUGUCAGACUAUGGAUGCAAGCCAAACUGUGCAAUAUUCAACAUUCUGAUAAAUGGAUAUGGAAAAACAAGUGAUACAGAAACUGCUUGUCAGUUGUUUAAAAGGAUGGUGAAUGAGGGUAUAAGGCCAGACUUGAAAUCAUAUACCAUUCUUGUAGAUUGCCUCUGCCUUGCCGGAAGAGUUGAUGAAGCUUUAUAUUAUUUCGAGGAACUGAAAUCGACUGGUCUUGAUCCUGAUUUUAUUGCUUAUAAUCGUAUAAUAAAUGGUCUCGGAAAAUCGCAGAGGAUGGAGGAAGCUCUCUCUUUAUACAAUGAAAUGCGAAACAGAGGCAUUGUUCCUGACCUGUACACAUAUAAUUCAUUGAUGCUUAAUCUUGGGCUUGCCGGAAUGGUAGAACAAGCCAAGAGAAUUUAUGAAGAGCUUCAACUUGCAGGUUUAGAACCUGAUGUCUUCACUUAUAAUGCUCUGAUUCGAGGGUACAGCAUGUCGGGGAACCCCGAGCACGCUUAUACAGUCUACAAGAACAUGAUGGUCGGUGGCUGCAACCCCAACGUCGGUACGUAUGCACAGCUCCCUAAUCAAUCUUGAAGUAUCAUGCAUACUAUUGAGAGCACAAGUUGUAGAUAUCUGAAUAGUAUCUUUUAGAUUCAGGAAUACAAGUGAUCGCACUUAUUAGUUUUCUUGCCCAUCUUGUUAGUUGCUGCAAAGUCUGGCUUUUUAGAGCAGACCUUGAUAAGUGACUAUUGAGGACAUUACACCUGACAUGAGCUGUAGCAUAUAUAGAUAUAUGUAUAGUAACAUCAUUUAUAAAAGUUGUAGAAUCUUUUAUCCAUUGUAUUCAUUUAUACAAAUCUUCCUCACGGAAGCUAAAAUGGAAGGGAAAACAUUCAAUUGGAGGAAA